CGAACGUAUUCUUUUCUCCACACCACUGCCGCCACCCAAGAACACCCAGAAAAUGUCUGAUCGACGAGUGGCCUUGCUGAACAAACGGUUCUUUGAUGUUCUCAAGGGCAAAGUCCCUAUCAAGCCACGAAACUGUCACUUGUUUCUCGAUUCUAUAUGUUCCCAACCAGAUGUUGCGGUAUGCGUAAGCAAGAUAGUGGGAGAAUCAAAAGGACCCUCUAUUGUGCAGGAGGCGAUGCGACUGGACUUGUCGGCAGAUUUUAUGAAUGGCAUUGGUGCUGAUGUUCUUGUAUAUCUCCUCCAGGCCACAAGCAUCAGCAGCAACGUGCUAGAUCACCUGUUUAUCCAAAUAGUCGAACCAGAUUUCUUCUGGUCGGCGUUUAGCCACGCUUUUGCUCGUGGAGAGCUACUUGAAAAAGCUCAACGUGCCUUCGCUAGCCUCCUCCUUCGGCUAUUGAACCUCUCCAACCACGACACAACACCCUAUCUUGAACUAGCUGGCAGGCCAAAUGUGCUCCCAAAACUCACAGGCUCUGAAAACUUGGAAGUCCGCCUUAUUGGAGAGAAGAUUAAGCAUAUCCUUUCGACGUAUGGCUCCUCAGCCCCUCCCCCGGCUGCCAAUGGCCCAGGUGGACGACAUGACAAUGAUUUUGUCAAUUUUCGCGAUAUCGCUAUCCUUCCCACAGCCGACGAAAUUAGAUCCAAACAGCUACCAUUCCUGCGCCGUAGCUCGGAGUUAGAAGGUGAAUCCGGAGAAAGCACUCGUACCGCGGAUUAUCUCGACAACACAUUUCGCCUUCUUCGUGAAGACAUGAUAGCGGAGAUGAGAGAAGAACUUCAAGCACUGGAAGGAAAGAACGUCAAGCGCCACCGCGCUAACCUGAUAGACGGUGUCAUACUCAAAGGCGUUUAUCAUGGCACUGAUGAUCGGAAGAUGCUGUGGGGAAUAACAUUGGAGUGUGUCGACGAGCUGCCAUCUCUGAAGCGCAUCCCCCCAAAGGACAGGAAAGCGUACCUCACAGAUGAUCACGCUGGCUAUGAUUGCCAACUGGUUCCACGAAACGCAAGAUCUUGGUACGGAUCACUCGGAAAACAUGCGACUUCUAUAGUGUCCCUGCUGACACUGUCAUAUUCCCCGCAUAGUUAUAGCCUUACCUUGUAUAUUAUACAGCAAUACAUUUGUACUCGUUCCUUCCGUGAAUUGACUGGUUGA